UGCCCUAACCGCCGUGCGCGCCUGCGCCGGCAGCGUGGAAAUGGCGACUGUUGCCAUGGCGGUGGCCUGCGGGAGGCUGGCGCUGAGGGGAGCCGCUGCCCGACCCAGCAGGUGUUUCUCUUUUUCGGGGUGCCGAAGUAGCAGGGAUGGAGAGACAGCGAAAUUCCAGCCGCCCCCGAAGCCCGUCAUCAUCGACAAGCAGAAGCAGAGGGAGCAGAGGAGGUACUUGAGCCCUGAAUUUAUACCUCCCAGAGGGAGAACAGAUCCUCUCAAAUUCUAUAUAGAAAGAAAGGAUAUGAUACAGAGACGAAAAGUCUUCAACAUCCCAGAGUUCUAUGUUGGCAGCAUACUCGCUGUUACUACUGCAGAUCCACAUGCCGAUGGCAAAACCAAACGGUUUGUAGGCAUCUGCAUUCAAAGAGGAGGGAAAGGGCUUGGCGCUACCUUUGUGCUUCGGAAUGUUAUAGAAGACCAAGGUGUUGAAAUAUGUUACGAACUGUACAGUCCUCGAAUCCAGGAAAUCCAAGUUCUGAAGCUAGAAAAGAGGCUGGAUGACAACCUGAUAUACCUGCGAGAUGCCCUCCCUGAAUAUAGUACCUUUGAUGUGAAUAUGAAACCUGAAUCUCGUUUAGACCAUGAAGAAAUCCCUGUAAACAAGCUGCAGGUAAGAAUGAAACCUAAACCAUGGUCAAAACGGUGGGAAAGGCCGAAAUACAAUAUAAAAGGAAUAAAGUUUGAGCUGCCUGAGAAAAAAAUGAAAGCAGCACAGAAGUGGAGCCAGCCAUGGCUGGAGUUUGAUAUGCUGCGAGAAUAUGACACUUCAAAAAUAGAAGAAAAAAUUUGGAAAGAAAUAAAUGAAGAGCUUAAAUAAUGGCUUGCAAAUCUAGGAAUUGAGACAUUUAAUACUUUGAAUUCAAUUAAUUUUUGUAUGUACAUAAGCAAAAUAUGUAAUAAAAUUAACCUUUUCAGAA